AUGGCUGAAGUGUCAGCCUCCAUGUUCUCCAUCUCGUAAGGAGGAAGCAGAUCGAAGAGGACGGUCACAUCCUGGCAUUUGAAGGAUAGUGAUGCCCUAGGGACCUUGGAGCCAAAAACAACCCACUGUCUGUCUCUGUGGUGGAAUCUUUAUUUAGUUGGGAUAUUGAUACAGCUUUUUGGGGAUAUCAAAAAGACUUCCACAAUAGACUUAUUUUGCUUUCUAUUUCUAAGAAUUGCUGUCUAGAAAUGACAGCUGUGAAUGCACAGUGCUAAUUUGACAGUCCGUACAAUAAAGACUGAGAAUGUUGAGUAGCUGAGUAUUUAAAGCCGUUCGAGCAGAGAUGUCCCCUGUGGUAGUCAUGGUGUGAACGUUAAGAAACUUUGUCGCUUCACAGUCCCCUGAGGGCGUAAGUCAAUCUCACCUCCUAGACCUCUAUGAGUGAAGCAUCUAUAGCCUGUCAUGCUGUCAGGCAUAUUACACCAUAUCACGCCAUAUCACACCAUAUUACACCAUAUCAUGCCAUAUUACACCAUAUCACGCCAUAUUACACCAUAUCAUACCAUAUCACACCAUAUUACACCAUAUCAUGCCAUAUUACACCAUAUCACGUCAUAUUACAUCAUAUCAUGCCAUAUCACACCAUAUUACACCAUAUCACGCCAUAUUACACCAUAUCAUGCCAUAUCACACCAUAUUACACCAUAUCAUGCCAUAUUACAACAUAUCACGCCAUUUUAUACCAUUUCAUGCCAUAUCACGCCAUAUCACGCCAUAUUACACCAUAUAAUGCCAUAUUACACAAUAUCACGCCAUAUUACACCAUAUUACACCAUAUCAUACCAUAUUACACCAUAUUACACCAUAUCACGCCAUAUUACACCAUAUUACACCAUAUCACGCCAUAUCAUGCCAUAUCAUGCCAUAUCACACCAUCUUACACCAUAUCAUGCCAUAUCACACCAUAUUAUGCCAUAUUACACCAUAUCACACCAUUUUACACCAUAUCACACCAUAUCACGCCAUUUUACACCAUAUUACACCAUAUCACGCCAUUUUACACCAUAUCAUGCCAUAUUACGCCAUAUUACACCAUAUUACAUCAUAUCAUGCCAUAUUACACCAUAUCACACCAUAUUGUUAUUCAUACCCUUAGAUAUCUUACCCUUCGUCGGUAUACUGAAAAAACCUUGUGGAUUUUGUCUUUAUAUAAAUUGAAUGUAUUGUAAAGGUGAAGCAUGGAGGUUUCUCCACUUCUGAGGAGUGCGCAUUAGUGCUUUGAAAUGUACUAUAGGUGUACUAUGGUUGUACAUGUUCACCACAUAAUUCAAUAGUUUCAUUGUUGUUGUCGAAAGGAAUGGAGAGUUUGGAAUCAAGUCAGUCUAGUCUGUGCCUGGACCAAAACCAAGAUGUGGAUGGAAAUUCACAAUGUAUCUGGUUUGACAGAUAAAUCCCUCCCAUCUGGUGAUCAGAUACAGUGAGGGAAAAAAGUAUUUGAUCCCCUGCUGAUUUUGUACGUUUGCCCACUGACAAAGAAAUGAUCAGUCUAUAAUUUUAAUGGAAGGUUUAUUUGAACAGUGAGAGACAGAAUAACAACAAAAAAAUCCAGAAAAACGCAUGUCAAAAAUGUUAUAAAUUGAUUUGCAUUUUAAUGAGGGAAAUAAGUAUUUGACCCCCUCUCAAUCAGAAAGAUUUCUGGCUCCCAGGUGUCUUUUAUACAGGUAACGAGCUGAGAUUAGGAGCACACACUUAAAGGGAGUGCUCCUAAUCUCAGUUUGUUACCUGUAUAAAAGACACCUGUCCACAGAAGCAAUCAAUCAAUCAGAUUCCAAACUCUCCACCAUGGCCAAGACCAAAGAGCUCUCCAAGGAUGUCAGGGACAAGAUUGUAGACCUACACAAGGCUAGAAUGGGCUACAAGACCAUCGCCAAGCAGCUUGGUGAGAAGGUGACAACAGUUGGUGCGAUUAUUCUCAAAUGGACGAAACACAAAAGAACUGUCAAUCUCCCUCGGCCUGGGGCUCCAUGCAAGAUCUCACCUCGUGGAGUUGCAAUGAUCAUGAGAACGGUGAGGAAUCAGCCCAGAACUACACAGGAGGAUCUUGUCAAUGAUCUCAAGGCAGCUGGGACCAUAGUCACCAAGAAAACAAUUGGUAACACACUACGCCGUGAAGGACUGAAAUCCUGCAGCACCCGCAAGGUCCCCCUGCUCAAGAAAGCACAUAUACAGGCCCGUCUGAAGUUUGCCAAUGAACAUCUGAAUGAUUCAGAGGAGAACUGGGUGAAAGUGUUGUGGUCAGAUGAGACCAAAAUCGAGCUCUUUGGCAUCAACUCAACUCGCCGUGUUUGGAGGAGGAGGAAUGCUGCCUAUGACCCCAAGAACACCAUCCCCACCGUCAAACAUGGAGGUGGAAACAUUGCUUUGGGGGUGUUUUUCUGUUAAGGGGACAGGACAACUUCACUGCAUCAAAGGGACGAUGGACGGGGCCAUGUACCGUCAAAUCUUGGGUGAGAACCUCCUUCCCUCAGCCAGGGCAUUGAAAAUGGGUUGUGGAUGGGUAUUCCAGCAUGACAAUGACCCAAAACACACGGCCAAGGCAACAAAGGAGUGGCUCAAGAAGAAGCACAUUAAGGUCCUGGAGUGGCCUAGCCAGUCUCCAGACCUUAAUCCCAAAGAAAAUAUGUGGAGGGAGCUGAAGGUUUGAGUUGCCAAACGUCAGCCUCGAAACCCUAAUGACUUGGAGAAGAUCUGCAAAGAGGAGUGGAACAAAAUCCCUCCUGAGAUGUGUGCAAACCUGAUGGCCAACUACAAGAAACAUUUGACCUCUGUGAUUGCCAACAAGGGUUUUGCCACCAAGUACUAAGUCAUGUUUUGCAGAGGGGUCAAAUACUUAUUUCCCUCAUUAAAAUGCUAAUCAAUUUAUAACAUUUUUGACAUGCGUUUUUCUGGAUUUUUUUGUUGUUAUUCUGUCUCUCACUGUUCAAAUAAACCUACCAUUAAAAUUAUAGACUGAUCAUGUCUUUGUCAGUGGGCAAACGUACAAAAUCAGCAGGGGAUCAAAUACACUUUUUUCCCUCACUGUAGUUAAUUAGACACUUCUGUUUUCUCUCACUGUGUUAUUAUCAUAGAUCAGCGACACAUACCCUUCUGCCCAUGUCUCCAAACAUUCUGAAAUAUGCAAUUAUGAUACCACAGCAAAGCACAACACAGGGAGAGACAUUGUUGGAGGGUUGGGGUUAGUUUGGGUUAGUGUUAGCCGUCCCCCCUUCUUCUCAGGGACACACUGUCAAAUUCAAAAUGGUACCAUUAGAGAGUUGUGGCUCCUUUGAGUGUUCCACUACUGAACAAGCUGGCUAACAGUACAGUACUACACAGCACCACAUCCACCUGUAGUGGGAGGUACCUACAUAAAGUAUUGCAUCUUCUCUCCUCACCUCCUUCUCAAAACUCAUUGGAGAUUCUAGGUUCUCCUCCAAUCCGUUUCGAGAAGGAGGGGAGGAGAGGAUGCAAGGAAUCGAGGAAAUAUGUUUGAGAUUCACCCUAUGUCCUUAUUGUUGACCUCUAACCCCUCUGUCAUGGUGACCUCUAACCCCCUAUGUCGUCCUCCUCCACAGUGAACAGAGUAUCUGCCAAGCCCGCGCCUCUGUCAUGGUGACCUCUAAACCCCUGUGUCGUCCUCCUCCACAGUGAACAGAGUAUCUGCCAAGCCCGCGCCUCAGUCAUGGUGACCUCUAAACCCCUGUGUCGUCCUCCUCCACAGUGAACAGAGUAUCUGCCAAGCCCGCGCCUCUGUCAUGGUGACCUCUAAACCCCUGUGUCGUCCUCCUCCACAGUGAACAGAGUAUCUGCCAAGCCCGCGCCUCAGUCAUGGUGAUCUCUAACCCCUGUGUCGUCCUCCUCCACAGUGAACAGAGUAUCUGCCAAGCCCGCGCCUCUGUCAUGGUGUAUGAUGAUGCCAGUAAGAAGUGGGUUCCAAUCAAGCCGGGCCAGCAGGGCUUCAGCCGGAUCAACAUCUACCACAACACGGCCAACAACACCUUCCGCGUGGUCGGGGUCAAACUACAGGACCAGCAGGUACACAUACACCCCAACUGCCAUUGUCUGAGGGAAUUUGUCUGUUCUAGUAAUGUUAGUAAUUUCUAUGGACCUACAAAUCUGAUGUAGAUCUGGUGGAAGACUAGUCACAAUGCAAGCCAUUACAUCUCCAUCACACACACUGGCUUUAGUUAUAGAGAUCAUCUCCAUCACACACACUGGCUUUAGUUAUAGAGAUCAUCUCCAUCACACACACUGGCUUUAGUUAUAGAGAUCAUCUCCAUCACACACAUUAGUUACUAGUUAUCUCUAUAGUUUGCAAGACAUAGUUAUCUCUAUAGUUAUGUAAGACAUACAGUACCAGUCAAAAGUUUGGACACACCUACUCAUUCAAGGGACUUUCUUAUGAAAUAACACAUACAUAAUUAUUUAGUAACCAAAAAAGUGUUAAACAAAUCAAAAUAUAUGUUAUAUUUGAUAUUCUUCAAAUAGCCACCCUUUGCCUUGAUGACAGCUUUGCACACUCUUGGCAUUCUCUCAACCAGCUUCACCUGGAAUGCUUCUUCAACAACUCUUGAAGGAGUUCCCACAUAGGCUUAGCACUUGUUGGCUGCUUUUCCUUCACCCUGCGGUCCGACUCAUCCCAAACCAUCUCAAUUGGGUUGAGGUCGGGGCAUUGUGGAGGCCAAGUCAUCUGAUGCAGCACUCCAUCACUCUCCUUCUUGGUCAAAUAGCCCUUACACAGCCUGGAGGUGUGUUGGGUCAUUGUCCUGUUGAAAAACAAAUGAUAGUCCCACUAAGCCGAAACCAGAUGGGAUGGCGUAUUGCUGCAGAAUGCUGUGGUAGCCAUGCUGGUUAAGUGUGCCUUGAAUUCUAAAUAAAUCACAGACAGUGUCACCAGCAAAGCACCCCCACACCAUAACACCUCCUCCAUGCUUUACGGUGGGAACUACACAUGCGGAGAUCAUCCGUUCACCCACACCGUGUCUCACAAAGACACAGUGGUUUGAACCAAAAAUCUCAAAUUUUGACUCCAGACCAAAGGACACAUUUCCACCGGUCUAAUGUCCAUUUCUCAUGUUUUUUGGCCCAAGCAGGUCUCUUCUUCUUUUUGGUGUCCUUUAGUAGUGGUUUCUUUGCAGCAAUUCGACCAUGAAGGCCUGAUUCACUCAGUCCCCUCUGAACAGUUGAUGUUGAGAUGUGUCUGUUACUUGAACUCUGUGAAGCAUUUAUUUGGGCUGCAAUUUCUGAGGCUGGUAACUCUAAUGAACUUAUCCUCUGCAGCAGAGGUAACUCUGGGUCUUCCAUUCCUGUGGCGGUCCUCAUGAGAGCCAGUUUCAUCAUAGCGCUUGAUGGUUUUUGCGACUGCACUUGAAGAAACGUUCAAAGUUCUUGAAAUGUUCCGUAUUGACUGAGUUUCGUGUCUUAAAGUAAUGAUGGACUGUCAUUUCGCUUUGCUUAUUUGAGCUGUUCUUGCCAUAAUAUGGACUUGGUCUUUUACCAAAUAGGGCAAUCUUCUGUAUACCCUCCCUACCUUGUCACAACACAACUGAUUGGCUCAAACGCAUUAAGAAGGAAAGAAAUUCCACAAAUUAACUUUUAAGAAGGCACACCUGUUAAUUGAAAUGCAUUCCAGGUGACUACCUCAUGAAGCUGGUUGAGAGAAUGCCAAGAGUGUGCAAAGCUGUCAUCAAGGCAAAGGGUGGCUACUUUGAAGAAUCUCACAUAUAACAUAUAUUCUGAUUUGUUUAACACUUUUUUGGUUACUACAUGAUUCCAUGUGUGUUAUAUCAUAGUUUUGAUGUCUUCACUAUUAUUCUACAAUUUAAAAAAUAAAGAAAAACCCUUGAAUGAGUGUAGGUGUGUCCAAACUUGACUGGUAGUGUAGUUAUCUCUAUAGUUAUGCAAAACAUAGUUAUCUCUAUAGUUACAGUACAUUGACCUAAGCUGACCAUAGUAAUUGGUGAAUAAUGAAUGAAUGAGUGAUUGGCUGUCUGUCUCUCAGGUGGUGAUCAACUACUCCAUAGUGAAGGGGCUGAAGUAUAACCAGGCCACGCCCACCUUUCACCAGUGGCGCGAUGCCAGGCAGGUGUACGGCCUCAACUUCGCCAGCAAAGAGGAGGCCACCACCUUCUCCAACGCCAUGAUGUUCGCCCUCAACACGCUCAGCUCGCAAGACGGAGGUGGGACCCUUUCCCGUGUGGAAAUAAUCAGUCUGUCCAUCUGUCUGCCUGUCCGUCUGCCCGUCCGUUCGUCCACCUGUCUGUUUAUGUCACAGUCAGGCUUAGCUGGACUGUAGCUGAAACUGAUGUAUACCAAUGAUCAGUUAAUCUCGGCACGCCAGCUACUAAUUGUCAGUCGAAGUGCAGAUGUUUUUAUCCAGUCAUUUGUGGCCAGUAUAGCUCCCCUAUAUUUUAAGGAUUGUUGUGGCCAGUAUAGCUCAACGAUGUUUUAAGGAUUGUUGGAUGAACAUAAUAUUUGGUUGAACGUGUUUAGGUUGUAAUAAGAAUAAUCUAUUUUCAGAAACGCUCUCAACCUGUUCAGUUUACACUUGGUCCAGCCAAUGAUGUUAGGGCUGCAGGUGCCAGUCAGCCUGGUUGCUGGGUCGAUCUCCACUGAGUUCUACCUCCCUCUGCUGGACAUCAAGCUCUGGAGCGAAAACACAGCCAGACAUAUGGCAUCUCUAUGGCUCUGGGUGAAAGCUUUCAGCAGUGUGUGGGAAACUGGGAAUAAAAAACUAACCAUAGAACCCUGCCAGACUAUAAACUCAGUGACCUAAAUUGUGUUCAGUAGGGCACAUUGUAGCAAAACAUUUAAAAUAGUUAUGAAACAGAAAAUGAAAACAAGCAUUUCUUAAUAGUUCAAAUAGUACCUCCCUAUUUCACUUAGUUAAUAAAAAAGAUCUACUGAACACAACUCUAGAGCCCAGGCUGCCAGACUUGGAUACGUUCAGUGGCCUGGCAAUUGGUCAUCUAAGCAUCAAAUAUGAGGGCCGAUUGCAGACACUCGUGACGAUACACUGUAUGCCGGGAAGCGACACUAUCCAAACCAACCAUUACAGUUAAUCCUUACAACCAUUACCACUACACCGCCAGGACAGACACUUGUAAAGACCUGUGUUAGAGGAGAUGCAUGGUGCCGUCUAGUUUAUGGCAACAUAAAAUAGACUGUAUAUGAAUCCUUACUCUUAAGAAAUAGCACAUGGGCCUCUCCUGUUACGAGUUGCUGCUACUUAUAAGCUGUUGGGAUGGGGAGUCCGGUGGUGGCCCCAUUCCAUACACUAGCCUUCCUAUUGGUGCACAGCCUGGCUAAAAUACCCAUGGAGCUAAACUGUUUUCAGACCGCCAAAUCUCACAUGGCACUCUCCUUUUUUUGGGGGGGAAAUCUUUUGGGGAACAAGAGGGAGGUGUUGGAUGUGAGCUGAGCUAUGGGGUUCCACACGCAGACCCAAGGUGCUUCUUCUGUCCAGGGAACGCAGACGCAGGCAUUCUACUGCUUUAUACCUGCUACUGGGGUCCCAUGUUGGAUCACCCGGCUCGUGGCUAAUGCUAUUCCAGUAGCCUGGACAGGUGCCUGACUAGAAGCCUUAGUUAGUACCAUACAGUAAUAGCUUUCUAAAGACACUGUAGGGAACUGCAGAGAGGGUCUCACGAUGAGUCUUACUCCAGAGAUGUCACCGGCCACUAUCAGAAGGUGCACUUCUGCGAAGAUCACCCUCAGUAAGUACUGAUGAAUGUUCCCGUGAUGAUAGUUGAUGCAGGAGUAGGUGAUAGAGGGAGGGGGCGGGAUCAGGGCUAUCUAUUGAACGAUGGUGCAGCUGACAAUGUGAGGCUGGUGGUAUUGGCAACACCUCUCUCACCUCUUUCAUUGUAGGGCUAAAAUAGGGAGGUGGUGUUCCGGAAAAUGCCUAUGUUGACGUGUAAGCUUAAGCUGUAUGCAUUUCUGUUGACUGCAAAUUAAGGUUUUCCAUUCAAACACAACUGUGGCCCCAAGGGGCCCUAAUGGGUCAAAGUAGCUGUUACAUGUCAUGUUUUGGGGCUACAGCCCCACAGGGUGUUUAGCUGUGGCUCCUGAGGUUUGAAAUACUCUUUAAUAGCAUCAUAUUUAGCUCAAAGAACCCCCAUUUAGGCAAUUAGGUAAUCACCAUCUGAGUUAGAGAGAAAGUAGGCCUUGUUUUGUUACUUGAGGGCUUCCAUCCUUACUGUGACAGGCCUGAUCAAGCCCUAGCACUCCCCUGGGGCACUACUUCUCUCACCUCACCAUGGCAACAGCCAGGACCCCAUAUGUCAGGCCUCUGUGCUUCAUCAUGCACCAGCCAAGCUAAUUCGGCACGUACACAACCUUCCUGUUAACGUCUGUAGAUGUGUUGUGUAGCGUUCAUAAUAACCACUGAUUGUGUUAAUGGUGUUGGCUGUUGUGUCACUAAUCUAAAAGCAUUUAAUUGUGCAGUCACUAGGCUGUGAGGCUGCAGUUGGUAAGUGGUAUUGACUAGAGUGGUCCACAUUGUUGUAUUUUAAUAGUUGAUCAUUUCCUUUAAAAUAUUAGGAAAUACUUUACCUGUCCAAUAAUAACCUAGACCCUAUCUAACAUUUAGUUACUUUGUUGUGUCCGGAUCUGGAAAUAUGUCUACCAAAAGAAAGCAUAAAAUUGCAUAUUAGCUUUGCAAUGGUUUAAUUUGCUGGCAAAUAGUAUAUUAAAGUAAUAGAUUAGCUGCUAAGAAGGGGAGUUUAGAGGAGACGUGCGGAUAACGAUCAGCUGCUAAGAAGGGGAGUUUAGAGGAGACGUGCAGAUAACGAUCAGCUGCUAAGAAGGGGAGUUUAGAGGAGACGUGCAGAUAACGAUCAGCUGCUAAGAAGGGGAGUUUAGAGGAGACGUGCGGAUAACGAUCAGCUGCUAAGAAGGGGAGUUUAGAGGAGACGUGCGGAUAACGAUCAGCUGCUAAGAAGGGGAGUUUAGAGGAGACGUGCAGAUAACGAUCAGCUGCUAAGAAGGGGAGUUUAGAGGAUAAUAAUAACAUAUUUCCCCUUCAUGAGAUGAUGACUGUGAGAGAUGAAACAUGAGACGGUUUGGGGUUGGGAAUGAAUCUAGUUUUAGAAAGCGUUACAGCACUAUAUUCCAAAACCACAGUACUUUAUUCCAAAACAACUCAGCCAACAACCUCGCCUUAGUUGCUCAUUGUGAAUGAGAUGAAUUCAUUAUGAUGUCACCAAGUUUAGAAACCCUCCAGAUGGUUGGAUACGGUAGGACAGAGGAAUCCUCUCUGUUUCUGAGGCAGAACUCCAGUUACCCUAUGAGAAAAAGACGUUGAAAAGACGUUGGGUAAAAACGUAUUUUUGGUUGAAAGGAUGUUGAAAAUACGUAUUUUCAAUGCCUUGCGCUGACUGGGUAAGCAGUGUCCAUAUAAAGAUGCUCCAUGUGUCCCUCAUGCCGACCACACCCAGCGGAAAUGACACCCAAGGGCGGUCUAGUGUUGCAAAGGGGCAUCAAGGGUUUAUUGGUUGGCAUUCCUGAUAUGCAAUACGUGGUCUCCCAGAUGGCCUUUUAUAACAGGCGUCUCUCAGAAUAGGCUCUCCUCCUCAGUUAGCUGGGGCACUAGAGUAUGUCUCACAGUCACCCCUUCACACACACCUCUGUGCAGCACCCCAGUGACGUCAAGGUACGUCAUAAAGACGUCAUAUUUUGGUUGUUAUGUGGUCAGUAAAAAUAUGUUUAAAAAAACGUCUAGUAUACCUUACCAUGAUGGCAUAAUGACAGUUUUGUCUGCUGGGUUGGGGGUUUCUGCACCGGGCCAUUGUCUCCAUGUACUUUAUUUGUUGAUCCUGUUGUUGUUGAAUAUCUCUUGACAAAGACUGGUGAAGUUAGACGUUGUUCCAAUGGAAAUGAGGAAUAUUACAUUCCAUCCAAUCUGGUUCAGGAUUGGCGAUCAAGGAUGGUUUGGUUCAUGCAUUUGUUGUGUUGAAUGCAGAAUGCACUGUAGGAGCUGUACACAGAUGUGGGAAGGAGGGGAGGGCAGGUCAGGUCUAUUCUGGUCUACAGUCUGCUGGCCCUGUUUUGUUGCGGUUUCCUGUGGAAAUGCCUGUGGUUUGCAUCAAUCAUGCUGUGGGAGAAAAAAAACCACAGUGUGUUUCUCUAGGCAGAAGCGUAGAACCUCAUGUGAUGCCUGGUGUGGUUCCCACCCCGCAUAGCCUGGUCCCAGAUCUGCUUGUGCUGGAUAGCCAACUAUGGUCAUCAUGCCAAUGACUACAAAGGAGUUGACAAGACAGUACAAACAGAUCUGGGAAACACCAUGCUAACGUCUAGUGCUAAUGCUAUAAACACCGUGCUAAUGUCUAGUGCUAAUGCUAUAAACACCGUGCUAACGUCUAGUGCUAAUGCUAUAAACACCGUGCUAAUGUCUAGUGCUAAUGCAAUAAACACAGUGCUAAUGUCUAGUGCUAAUGCUAUAAACACCGUGCUAAUGUCUAGUGCUAAUGCAAUAAACACCGUGCUAAUGUCUAGUGCUAAUGCAAUAAACACCGUUCUAAUGUCUAGUGCUAAUGCUAUAAACACCGUGCUAAUGUCUAGUGCUAAUGCUAUAAACACCGUGCUAACGUCUAGUGCUAAUGCUAUAAACACCGUGCUAAUGCUAAAAUCUGAAUGUAUACAAACAAGACAUGCCGUGGCUAAUCGAGUGUGUAGCUCAGGAGAAUCUAGAGGAGAGGAAGAGCGUGAGGACACACAGCAGCAGCCAGAGGGGAGGACAGGGGGAGGCACACCCUUCGCUUGUGAGAUGACACAUGCCAUUUGACCCAGCAUGCAAUUUAUGGAAUUAACUGGCUCUCUGUCAAAGCCCCUGCCUGCAUUUGAGGCGGUUAUUUUGGAUGUUAGGUCACAUGGUCAUUAUUUUUGCUACGUUCAACUACUGCGCUUUUCUUUGAUACCCUUUUGUAGCUGCCAAAGUAAAAGGCAGCCAUAGAUGUAGCUAAGUGAGCAAUAGUGGUUUCUUGUUAAACUGAAUUGACAAGGGCUCACUAUGUGUCUGUGAGCACAUCGUCGCGGUCUGAUGAAAACCUCUCAUCUCCAAAACUGGAAAUGGAAAAAAAUAACGGCCAUAUUUUCCCAUUAACAAACAUACAAUUAUGAUACUUCAGUAGAUAUUUUAGAUAUAUUUACUUGGUCCUAGAGUCAUGAAAUGUUCACAGUGCAUUAAGGGGAGUUACUACUUUCAGUACAAGUAAUAAAAAAAAUGUUUUUCUUUAAAUAAAGGUUUUCAUCAGCCAGCAACGACAUACUGUACAAAUAUGAAUGUUAUAAAAAAAUACCACCACGGGCAAAAUAGACACUGCUACCGAAGUCUAUUUAACAGAUAACAGCAUAUACUUGAAUAGUGUGGUGAGGGGGUGCAUGAAACAUGAAAGUUGUGGUGACUAUCGCUAGUGGCGAAUCAGACCUGUGCAUCAUCAUGUACAGUGCCCUCCGUAAUUAUUGGGACAGUGAAGCAUUUUUUCUUAUUUUGGCUCUUUACUUCAAAACAAUGACUACGAGGUUAAAGUGCAGACGGUCAGCUUUAAUAUGAGGGUAUUUUCAUCCAUAUUGGUUGAACCAUUUAGAAAUUAAGACUUUUUUUAUUUUACAUAGUCCCCCCCCCCCCAUUUUAGGAGACCAAAAGUAUUGGGACAAAUUCACUUAUAUGUGUAUUAAAGCAGUAAAAGGUGUAGUAUUUGGUCCCAUAUUCCUAGCAUUUGCUGUUCAUUUUGGUUGUGUUGCAGAUUAUUUUGUACCCAAUAGAAAUUAAUGGUAAAUAAUGUAUAGUGUCACUUUUAUUGUAAAUAAGAAUAGAAUGUGCUUCUAAACACUUCUACAAUAAUGUAACAACAGAAAAUACAUCCAACAAAUUUGUAGUCACAAGCUUAAUGUAGUUAUUGCGUGCUAUGAAUAUGGAUACUAAAGGUUUUACUACUUUAAUACACAUACUGUAUAAGUGGAUUUGUCCCAAUACUUUUGACCCCCUAAAAUCUGGGGACUAUGUACAAAAAGUGCUGUCAUUUCUAAAUGGUUCACUCGAUAUGGAUGAAAAUACCGUAAAAUUAAAGUCGACCGUCUGCACAACCUCAUAGUCAUUGUUAUGGAGUAAAGAGCCAAAAUAAGAAAAAAUGCUUCACUGUCCCAAUAAUUACAGAGGGCACUGGUAUUGUUAUACUGUAUGUAGCCUCAGUCAUAUUUAGCAUGUUGAAUGUACCUCUACUACUGCAGGGGAGGGUGUGGCAUAUGACAAAACUAUUCACAAACACCAAAGCUAUAGGUCAUUUCAUACCUAGCUAAAUACGUUCACCUGUUUCUGUUCCCCACCUCAGGCCCUGCUGUCCAACGUCAAAAUGGGCCCUCCUCAGACGACCCCGAUGCACAGAGGAGGUAAGAACAUCCAACCUUCAGAAAGACACCAAAUAGUGAUAUACAGCGGGAGAAAAAGUAAACAGGCCACCAAUUGUGCAAAGCACCCAAAAACAUAGAACCUAACAUGGCACACGUGACACAAGUAGAGAAAAAAAUCAGAAAAUCACCAGUAGGAUUUUUAAAAUGAAUUUAUUUGCAAAUUUAGUGGAAAAUAAGUAUUUGGUCAAUAACAAAAGUUUCUCAGUACUUGUUAAUUACCUUUGUUGGCAAUGACACAGGUCAAACGUUUUGGAUAGUCUUCACAGGUUUUCACACACUUGCUGGUAUUUGGCCAUUCCUGCAUGCAGAUCUCCUCUAUGAAAGUGACGUCUUGGCUCGUCUGUAGGAUAAAGACCAACUAAAAAAAUUCUUCACUGUCCCAAUGAUUCAGAGGGCACUGGUAUGUAUACUGAUGUCCUUCGUCACAUUUGCAUGUUGAACUGACGUCUACUACUGGCAUGGGAGGGUGUGGCAAUGACACACAUUCUAUUACAACCCAAAGCUGAAGGGUCAUUUCUACCUCAUAAUACGUUCACCGUUCUCUGUUCCCCACUCAUCCUUCCUGUCCAACGUCAGAAUGGGCCCUCCUCAGACGACCCCAUCACAGGGAGGUAAACAUCCAUCUUCAAACCAGCUCAAUAGUAUGUAUCAAUCUCAGGUGUAACGUAGAACAUCAUCAAACACACAGUAGAACACUACACAAACAAUCAAUAGGUUCAUGACCAAGACAUCUAGAACCCAGCAGAUACACCAAAUUGAACGGCUGACAGUAGCAGCACAGUAGAGCACACAGUUAGAUCACAUUAGCAGACACCAGCUAGUUACGCAUGAGACGCUUUGUCAUAACAUCAGGUAGAACACACGCAGAACACACAGGUAACACCCAGUAGAGUUCGAAUCUGCCAAACCUCGUGUAACAUUAGUAACCCACGACGAGAACCAGUGGACCACCAAGCAGAACACACAUAGAGACUACGAUCAUCAGAAUCCCAAGCAGAACCCACAGUUGAUCAAACAACGCAUAACCAGUUAGAACACACCAGCAGAAGUCACGUUAGAACACAAGUUUGACACACGCAUAACACUACUGUCUAGGCACACAGUAGAAUCAAGGUAGAAACAUGGCAGUACACGGCAGAAUCACUUGGUAGAACACAGUUCAAACAUCCAAAUCGGCAGAACGACGUAGAACACACGGUAGAACUUACAACGUAGAAACAACAGCAGAACACACAGUAGAAACCAGUAAAUCUCUGAGGACACAACACGGUAUUUACACACGGUAGAAUCACAACGUAAAAAACACAGACACACAGUGAACCUUUUGACCAAGUUUCGCAAACGUAGUAACCAGUAGAAACAACAGCAGCACACAUUUGUAGAAACACUUGCACACUGGCUGACCAAACAUUAUCCCACUGAAACACAGUGGUACUAGAACACACAGUAGAACACACGAGAAACAACAGUAGACACACAGCAGAACACACAGUCAGAACACACAGUAGAACACACGUAGAACACAGUAGAACACACGGUAGAACACCACAGAGAACACACGUAGAAACACACGGUAGAACACACAGUAGAACACACAGCAGAACACAGUAGAACACACAGCAGAACACACAGUAGAACACACAUAGAACACACGCAGACACACGGUAGAACACACGGUAGAAACACAACGGUAGAACACACAGCAGAACACACAGCAGAACACACAGUAAACACACACAAGCAGAAACACACGGUAGAACCACACACGGUAGAACACACGUGUAGAAACACAGUAGAACACACAGCAGAAAGACACAGUAGAACACCCAGUAGAACACACAGCAGAACACACAGUAGAACACACAGUAGAACACACGGUAGAACAAACAGUAGAACACACGGUAGAACACACAGCAGAACACACAGUAGAACACACAGUAGAACACACGCAGAACACACAGCAGAACACACAGUAGAACACACAGUAGAACACACAGUAGAACACACGGUAGAACACACAGUAGAACACACAGCAGAACACACAGUAGAACACACAGUAGAACACACGGUAGAACAAACAGUAGAACACACGGUAGAACACACAGCAGAACACACAGUAGAACACACAGUAGAACACACAGUAGAACACACAGCAGAACACACAGUAGAACACACAGCAGAACACACAGUAGAACACACAGUAGAACACACAGCAGAACACACGGUAGAACACACGGUAGAACACACGGUAGAACACACAGCAGAACACACAGCAGAACACACAGUAGAACACACAGCAGAACACACGUAGAACACACGGUAGAACACACACGUAGAAAACACACAGUAGAACCCACAGAGAAAAGACACAGUAGAACACCACAGUAAACACACAGCAGAACACACGGUAGAACACACAGUAGAACACACGGUAGAACACACAGCAGAACACACAGUAGAACACACAGCAGAACACACAGUAGAACACCCAGUAGAACACACAGCAGAACACACAGCAGAACACACAGCAGAACACACAGUAGAACACCACAGUAGAACACACAGCAGAACACACAGCAGAACACACAGCAGAACACACAGUAGAACACACAGUAGAACACACAGUAGAACACACAGCAGAUAACAACAGUGAACACAGAGAUAACACACACAGGACACACGUCUGUAAACCCACAUGUAGAACCCACAUCAAACAGCCAGCAUAACACUUCGUAGAAAGAUUGGUUUGUGUACAAAACAGCAAUACCCAAGCAUCUCAACCAGUGACUACAAGUCUGGUAAAACUUGCUAGAAUCCAUCAUCAAACGUGUUCCCUUAUUUCAUUUGUCUGAAAGUAGUUUGUUUGAGGGUACAAAACACAUCAGGCCUACCACAUAUCCCUACCAAUUCCCUACCCAUACCCUCCCACAUAUCCCCUUACCACAUCAGGCCUACCACAUAUCCCCUACCACAUAUCCCUUACCACAUCAGGCCUACCACAUAUCCCCUACCACAUCAGGCCUACCACAUAUCCCCUACAACAUAUCCCUUACCACAUCAGACCUACCACGUAUCCCCUACCGCAUCAGGCCUACCACAUAUUCCAUACCACAUCAGGCCUAACACAUAUCCCAUACCAUAUCAGGCCUAACACAUAUCCCAUACCAUAUCAGGCCUAUCACAUAUCCCAUACCACAUCUGUAGCCAUGAAGUGCUUUGAAAGGCUGGUCAUGGCUCACAUCAACACCAUUAUCCCAGAAACUCUACACCCACUCCAAUUUGCAUACCGCCCCAACAGAUCCACAGAUGAUGCAAUCUCUAUUGCACUCCACACUGCCCUUUCCCACCUGGACAAGAGGAACACCUACGUGAGAAUGCUAUUCAUUGACUACAGCUCAGCAUUAAACACCAUAGUGCCCUCAAAGCUCAUCACUAAGCUAAGGACCCUGGGACUAAACACCUCCCUCUGCAACUGGAUCCUGGACUUCCUGACGGGCCGCCCCCAGGUGGUAAGGGUAGGUGGCAACACAUCUGCCACGCUGAUCCUCAACAUGGGGGCCCCUCAGGGGUGCGUGCUCAGUCCCCUCCUGUACUCCCUGUUCACCCAUGACUGCAUGGCCAGGCACGACUCCAACACCAUCAUUAAGUUUGCCGACGACACAACAGUGGUAGGCCUGAUCACCGACAACAAUGAGACAGCCUAUAGGGAGGAGGUCAGAGACCUGGCUGUGUGGUGCCAGGACAACAACCUCUCCCUCAAUGUGAUCAAGACAAAGGGGAUGAUUGUGGACUACAUGAAAAAAAAGAGGACUGAGCACGCCCCCAUUCUCAUCAACGGGGCUGUAGUGGAACAGUUUGAGAGCUUCAAGUUCCUUGGUGUCCACAUCACCAACAAACUAUCAUGGUCCAUGCACACCAAGACAGUCGUGAAGAGGGUACGACAAAGCCUUUUCCCCCACAGGAGACUGAAAAGAUUUGGCAUGGGUCCUCAGAUCCUCAAAAAGUUCAACAGCUGCACCAUCGAGAGCAUCCUGACUGGUUGCAUCACUGCCUGGUAUGGCAACUGCUCGGCCUCCGACCGCAAGGCACUACAGUUAGUAGUGCGUACGGCCCAGUACAUCACUGGGGCCAAGCUUCCUGCCAUCCAGGACCUCUGUACCAGGCGGUGUCAGAGGAAGGCCCUAAAAAUUGUCAAAGACUCCAGCCACCCUAGUCAUAGACUGUUCUCUCUGCUACCGCACGGCAAGCGGUACCGGAGCGCCAAGUCUAGGUCCAAAAGGCUUCUUAACAGCUUUUACCCCCAAGCCAUUAGACUCCUGAACAGCUAAUCAUGGCUACCCGGACUAUUUGCAUUGUUCCCCCCCCCCCACCCCAUUCUACCCCACCCCCUUUUUUACGCUGCUGCUACUACGUUUAUAAUCUAUGCAUAGUCACUUUAACUCUACCCACAUGUACAUAUUACUGUGACGAGUUCUGAGGAUACGAAGAGGCAGGACGCAGACGCAGGAAUCAACAAUGUAAAGGUUUCCUUAACACUGAGCAAGAGAACAACAAAGAGCGAGUACACGACACGACACGACACUAACAAUCACACACAACACAACGCUGAACAGUCCAGGGCUGUAUAGGGGUAGUGAUGAGAUGAUGAGGUGCAGGUGCGCUGGAGGUGAUUAGGGUGCGUUGGGUUUCCAUUCCGGUGUUGCCGAGGUAGUGCGCUCAGACCGGUAGCUGUGCCCACGCACAUUGACUCUGUACCGGUACCCCCUGUAUAUAGCCUCCCUACUGUUAUUUUAUUUUACUGCUGCUCUUUAAUUAUUUGUUAUUUUAAUUUGUAUAUCUAUUUUUUUACUUAACAUGAUCAAUGAGUUAGCAGGAUCAACGAGUUAGCCAGCUAACUUUGAUGAACAUUCAGAAAUAAAAAUAGUUUCUGGUUCAUUAAUGAAUCUAGACUUGAAUAUUGGUUGUUUGUUGAAACAAUUGAAUCAAUCCAUGUCCAUUGUAGGACAUAUAUUCCUAAAACAUGUGAAGUUAUUUCUGAACAGUGAAGCAUGUUAGCUGGCUAACUCAUUGAUCCUGCUUUGUAGUAUGCCCCUCUGGCUUAAUAUUUGUUUACCCUUUUUUAUAAGUGGAGCCAGUACUCAAGCAGUAGAAAAUUAGAGGCAAUGUCAAGCAGCAAUCUAUUCAUGGGCACAGAUUGAAAGGCUGGCUAUAGGGAGAGGCUAAAACAUGUGUCUGUGCCCUCUUUGUAUCUGCAGACAAAUGAUGGAGCCGCAUCCGAUGCAGGGAGUGGCCCACAAAGAGAGGGAGCGACGGACGUCUGGCUCGGGUAAGGCCUGCCGACAAACACACCUACUGUGGACAAACACACCUACUGUGGACAAACACACCUACUGUGGACAAACACUAUCAUGUCAGGCAAGGCAGGGUCUGUCAACACACAAGCCACAAUACGUUUCGCCCACGUCAAUACACCAUCUCACAGAUAACGUCUAUUCUCUCCAUGGGGAUAGCAUGGUAAUCAUGGUAACCAAAUAGCCCAGUGUAGCGCAUGUUGGUUGUGUUCAUUAGGCUCCAAAUGGAAGAAAAACUGACUGAAACAGGGAGGGACUACCUGAACUUGGCCAAUAAGAUACGCUCAUGAUUGUUUUCGGCUGCAAAGCGUUUUGCUACAGUGUGCCCUAAUGACUACGACCAUAGAUAUAGCGUUACCUCGGACACAUCUGUGUUUGUGUUGAAUCCCCCUCCCUCCUGCCCUCCGUUUACUCAUGCUUAUCCAUACACAAACAUCAACAUUCCCCAGGGCCAUAGAGACACUCAUUCUGCCAGCGCGUUACCGGCAGCUGGGGGACAAUGUGACAGAGAGUUUGGUCAUGUUGGGCCAUAGAGACACUCAUUCUGCCAGUGCGUUACCGGCAGCUGGGGGACAAUGUGACAGAGAGUUUGGUCAUGUUGGGCCAUAGAGACACUCAUUCUGCCAGCGCGUUACCGGCAGCUGGGGGACAAUGUGACAGAGAGUUUGGUCAUGUUGGGCCAUAGAGACACUCAUUCUGCCAGCGCGUUACCGGCAGCUGGGGGACAAUGUGACAGAGAGUUUGGUCAUGUUGGGCCAUAGAGACACUCAUUCUGCCAGCGCGUUACCGGCAGCUGGGGGACAAUGUGACAGAGAGUUUGGUCAUGUUGGGCCAUAGAGACACUCAUUCUGCCAGCGCGUUACCGGCAGCUGGGGGACAAUGUGACAGAGAGUUUGGUCAUGUUGGGCCAUAGAGACACUCAUUCUGCCAGCGCGUUACCGGGCAGCUGGGGGACAAUGUGACAGAGAGUUUGGUCAUGUUGGGCCAUAGAGACACUCAUUCUGCCAAGCGCGUUACCGGCAGCUGGGGACAAUGUGACAGAGAGUUUGGUCAUGUUGGGCCAUAGAGACACUCAUUCUGCCAGCACGUUACCGGCAGCUGGGUGACAAUGUGACAGAGAGUUUGGUCAUGUUGCAUUCUGCUUCUUUUUCUUCUCUGUGAUUGUGUUCUCCGUUUGUGAUUUAUCAUCUUUGCUUGGUUUCUCAUUAUUCUCUCUCUUUUUUUUCAUUUGUCUUCCACCCCCCCUUCCCUCCUCUGUGGUGUCCCCCCCCCUCCUCCUCUGUGGUGUCCCCCCCCCCCCUCCUCCUCUGUGGUGUCCCCCCCUCCUCCUCUGUGGUGUCCCCCCCCCUCCUCCUCUGUGGUGCCCCCCCCCCUUUCCUCCUCUGUGGUGUCCCCCCCCCCCCUCCUCCUCUGUGGUGUCCCCCCCCCCCCCCCUUCCUCCUCUGUGGUGUCCCCCCCUCCUCCUCCUCUGUGGUGUCCCCCCCCCCCCUCCUCCUCUGUGGUGUCCCCCCCCCCCUUCCUCCUCCUCUGUGGUGUCCCCCCCCCCCCUUCCUCCUCUGUGGUGUCCCCCCCCCCUCCUCCUCUGUGGUGUCCCCCCCCCCUUCCUCCUCUGUGGUGUCCCCCCCCCUUCCUCCUCUGUGGUGUCCCCCCCUCCUCCUCCUCUGUGGUGCCCCCCCCCCCCCUUUCCUCCUCUGUGGUGUCCACCCCCCUCCUCCUCUGUGGUGUCCCCCCCCCCCCCCCCCCCCUCCUCCUCUGUGGUGUCCCCCCCCCCCUUCCUCCUCUGUGGUGUCCCCCCCCCCCUCCUCCUCUGUGGUGUCCCCCCCCCCUUCCUCCUCUGUGGUGUCCCCCCCCCUUCCUCCUCUGUGGUGUCCCCCCCUUCCUCCUCUGUGGUGUCCCCCCCCCCUCCUCCUCCUCCUCGUGGUGUCCCCCCCCCCCUCCUCCUCCUCCUCCUCUGUGGUGCCCCCCUCCUCCCUCCUCCCUCCUCUGUGGUGUUCCCCCCCUCCUCCUCCUCUGUGGUGCCCCCCCCCCCUCCUCCUCCUCUGUGGUGUUUCCCCCCCCCCCCCCUCCUCCUCCUCUGUGGUGUUCUUCCCCCCCUCCUCCUCUGUGGUGUUCCCCCCCUCCUCCUCUGGGUGUUCCCCCCCCUCCUCCUCUGUGGUGUUCCCCCCCUCCUCCUCCUUCUGUGGUGUUCUUCCCCCCUCCUCCUCUGUGGUGUCCCCCCCCCCCCCCUCCUCUGUGGUGUCCCCCCCCCCCCCUCCUCUGUGGUGUCCCCCCCUCCCCCCUCCUCCUCCUCUGUGGUGUUCCCCCCCUCCUCCCUCCUCCCUCCUCUGUGGUGUUCCCCCCCCUCCUCCUCCUCUGUGGUGCCCCCCCCCCUCCUCCUCCUCUGUGGUGUUCCCCCCUCCUCUUCCUCUGUGGUGUUCCCCCCCCCUCUUCCUCUGUGCUGUCCCCCCACCCUCCUCUGUGGUGUCCCCCCCUCCUCCUCCUCCUCCUCCCCCUCCUCUGUGGUGUCCCCCCCUCCCCCCUCCUCCUCCGUGGUGUUCCCCCCCCCGCCUCUUCCUCUUCCUCCUCCUCUGUGGUGUUCCCCCCCUCCCCCUCCUCUGUGAUGUCCCCCCCUCCUCCUCCUCUGUGGUGUUCUUCCCCCCUCCUCCUCUGUGAUGUCCCCCUCUCCUCCUCCUCUGUGGUGUUCCCCCCCCCACCUCUUCCUCUUCCUCCUCCUCUGUGGUGUUCCCCCCCCUCCCCCUCCUCUGUGAUGUCCCCCCCUCCUCCUCCUCUGUGGUGUUCUUCCCCCCUCCUCCUCUGUGGUGUCCCCCCCCCCCCCCCUCCUCUGUGGUGUCCCCCCCCCCCCCUCCUCUGUGGUGUUCUUCCCCCCUCCUCCUCUGUGGUGUCCCCCCCCCCCCCUCCUCUGUGGUGUCCCCCCCCCCCCUCCUCUGUGGUGUUCUUCCCCCCUCCUCCUCUGUGGUGUUCUUCCCCCCCCCCCCUCCUCUGUGGUGUCCCCCCCCCCCCUCCUCUGUGGUGUCCCCCCCUCCCCCCUCCUCCUCCUCUGUGGUGUUCUUCCCCCCUCCUCCUCUGUGGUGUGUUAUAGUUGUUUCCACCCUCCAGUAUAAGGUGUCCUCCCCCCCCUCUCACCCCUCUAACACCCCUCCUGAGUAUAGACACUACCGGGCCGCCACACUGCCGCCCUCCUACGCCCGAGUGGCCUCCAACUCCUCCCCUUCCUCCCAGGAGAGAGAGGUGGCGGGCGGACGGGCUGGUGACAACUCCGCCCAGCUCUCCACCUCCCUGGCCUCGGCCCUCUCCCCUGUCCAUUCAGGGGUGCCCACGGCCCUGACCCGGCAGGUGCGCCAGAUCCCCCUCUCUCCCCCCACGGCGCGGGCCCUCCGCCAGGGUGACCCCCGGCAGGACCCUGUGCUGCCCCCCAAACACAGCACCUGGUCCGCCUCCCAUGCCCACAUUUACGGCCCCGUGCCCUCCACGCCCCCCGUGGUGGGCAUGAUGCCCGUGCACAUGCCCCCCGUGCCCCAGCCUGUCCUCCCAGUGGCCCUCCCUCUGCCGCCCCGCCAAAGCCGGGUCAAGCUCCACCACCUGGACCUGGCCGGCCAACCCCACAUCCCGCCCCACCCCCCCCCCCACGCCAAUGGCCUAUCAGAGGAUUAUUAUGACCUCGCUCAGCAGCAGCAGCAACAGCAGCAGCUAGGUUACUGCGAGGCUACUUCCUUGCCCCCUCUGAUUGGUCAGUCUGCCCAGGGCCCCGUCCCUGUCUCCUCCAACCAACCCCAGUACCCCUCCUCCUUCCACCACCCCCAGGCCGCGCCCCCACCACCACCAGCAGCCCAAUUCUUUCCCCCCUCAUACACCACAGCCCCAUCAGAGGGGGGCUCACCCAAGCAGACGCCCUCUCCCAACUCUCAGGCUGCCACGGCCAGCUGCAGUAAGUACAUGCAGAGCUCAAAGAGACAGGCACUUGGACAACUAGUGGGGACUCCACUGGCUUAUGUGGAUGGAAGUAUAUACCUAUUAUGAAUCCAAUAACAGUCCCCAGAUUCAGCCAUCUGCUACAAUAACAGUCCCCAUAUACAGCCAUCUGCUACAAUAACAGUCCCCAUAUUCAGCCAUCUGCUACUGUACUUUUGCUUUUUGAUUCACUUUAAAUCCAAUUGCUCUUAUCUGAGGACUAUUUAUUCAAAUCAGAGCUUGCCAGCAGUGUUAGCCAAUGAGGAGUAUGAUGUCACCUGAUGUGAACCUAUGCUGUCUAUUGGUUUCCUCCCAGGUCCGGUUUCUCUCCCCACCAUGCUCGCUGUGGCCCCACCGGUGGCCCCACCCAUGCCUAUGGCCCCCCCUGCCCCUAUGGCACCCAUGGCCCCCCCUCCUCCACCGGGCCCCCCGCCUCCGGCCACGGUGCCACCGCCCAUGCCCCCCCCACUACCGGUUGGUGGAGGGCCCGGGGGGCCUCCGAUAGAGGGGGCAGGGAACGAGCUAGCGCAGCCACUCUCAGGACUGGCUGCCGCCCUGGCUGGAGCCAAACUCCGCAAAGUUGCAAGGGUUAGUAUCUCAGCUUAGACUCAGAUCGUGGUGAGUAGAAAGAAAACUUUUUGAAACAGGGAGGUACUAUCUGAACAUGUCCAAUAAGAAACAUUCUUUUUUUUGUUUCCCUUUCCAAUACGUUUUAAAUAUGUUUUGCUAUGGUGUGCCCCACUGAACAAGACCAUUCACACCUAUGUGGAAACUGCUUGGACAUUCAUACCAUUGCAUAUACACAUUGCCUGUUGGUUGACUUCUAUGAGAUGGAACUCAUAUGGUGGCCAUUGUUGUGUCCUCAGGAUGAGAACAGUCCGCCAGGAACAGGUGGAGCCAAGAACGACGGCAACCGCUCCAGUGGAGGUAGUGGUGGUGGAGGGGAGGGGCUGAUGCAGGAAAUGAACGCCCUUCUAGCACGCAGGUGAGAGGAACAACUGUGUGUGAAAGAACGAUGAAUCAAAUUUAAUUGAAUUGAAAAUCCCUAUUCUGGGCCUCCCGAGUGGUGCAGCGGUCUAAGGCACUGCAUCGCAGUGCUAGAGGCGUUACUACAGACCCGGGUUCAUUCCCGGACUGUGCCACAACCGGCCGUGGCCGGGAGUCCCAUAGGACAGUGCACAAUUGGCCCAGCAUCGUCCGGGUUAGGGGAGGGUUUGGCCAGUGUAUCAUUUUGAUAAAGAAUAUUCUGGAGUUGAACAUUUUUUCAUUGAAGAUCAUCACAAAAAAAGGUAUUCCUUGAUGUGAUUGUAAGUAGAUAGACUACUAGCCUGUGAAAUACCCCGAGUGAUUUGCAACAUGACUGAAGUUGUCUUUUCCAUUAGCUUUGGAUCGUCUCUAAUUGCCUGAAUUUACUUUUCCUGCAGACGGAAAGCCUCCGAGAAACCUGAAGAGGUAAUUCACUUGAUCUUAUUUGAAAAAUAUCAAUUAUAAAUUCAACAGGGUGGGUCUAUCCAGCAACAAUAAUUGCAUUCAAUCAAUCAAUCUAAAGAUGAUUGCGCACACACACACACACACACACAUCAUCCAUUUUCAUUUUCCAUUACAGGAGGAUCCCAAGCCAGGGCAGAACUCCACAGGUAAACACUCUCCUGCCUCCACAUUUUCUGACCAUUAUCUUUGUUAUUGGCUGCAUUGAGCCAGGGUGCUUUAUAAAAUGAUUAUCUUAUAAUUGUGAUGCUCUCUCUCUAUAGAUGCAGGGAAGAAUCCAUGGGACCGAGCCAACUCUGUAGACAAGGCCUCACUGGUAUCAAGGUUAGCGCCAUCCGUUUCAUAGAGGCUCCCAAACCUUUUAAAAAGAUCUAGGCCUGGGGGGGGGGGGAACCCCAAUAGCAAUGGCCAUUCGGUGAGAAGAUAAAGGCUUAGCAAAUGAAUCAUGGACAUCGUUAAAUACACAGAUACACUAAAAUAUGUGGGUGUGGUUUAUCAGCUUAUUCUGUGGUAAACAGUAACCGUGGGAGUGUUUGCUUAUUGCAUUGAGGAAGCUUGUGAUAUCAGUAAAUGUAAACAGCCCUAUGGCAGCAGUAAAUUAGCUGGAGAAAACAUGACUUUAUCUACUGUCUAUUUUAUAUAUAAAAAGGUCUACUUUAUCUACUGUCUAUUUUGGGUAAAUCUAGGUAAUUUACUCUGAAAGUUCUAACAAAUGUAUAUUUAUCGAUGAUUUAAAAUCAUCCCUAAUGUUUUUGAUGUUGUUUUGCAGGGUGCGACCAGUGGGCUGCACUAGUGAGGGAGAUCUAGACUUUGACAGGAUGAAGCAGGUAUGAAACUCAUUCCAAAACUGUUCUUCAAAUUGUUCAAUGGAAGAAAAGUAUUGUGGAAGAAAUGUAAAAAGUAUUUUUUAACCCCACAGGAAAUCUUGGAUGAAGUUGUACGUGAAUUGCAGAAGGUGAAAGAUGAGAUCAUUAAUGGUAGGGGACACAGAGUGUUAAUGCAUUGUGUUAUGUUACUCAUAAAAAGGCACGCGCAGCAUCAGUGAGCAAUUAACCUGCAAACCAACUAAGGCCAUUCUUAUUCAUCCACUUUCUAUAGUCCAAUUCAGUUUCUGUUACAGCAAACAAAGGUCUCCUAAUUAAGUAUGUCCUGAGAGGAUGCUAGCUAUACAGUUCACCUGUUUACUAAUUCAUAGUAAUCCCCAUUCCUUUUGAAAUAGACAAAGGUUCAGUGAUAAUGCCGUCCCUCAUCCUCUACUCAACACGCGCACGCACACACACACACGCACACACACACACACACGCGGCAACAUUUUCUCCAUUUUGUCUUGUCUUUCAGCCAUUAGACAAGAAAUUGGUCGAAUCCAUACCUCUUAAUCUGUGGACAGCGGGAUGUGCUGGAAGUACGAAGGAUAAGAAGAUGUGGUCGGAAGGAAUGUUCUCAACGUUUCUGUGACGCUAUGAAAAUAUUGCUGUGACGCUGCAGAAAGGUUGAGCCAACAUUGAGUCUGCUGUGCAGAACGGAGAGGUGGAAAAGAAAAAAAAAGUCAGAGAAAGAAAGAGAAUGAGAGAGAAAAGAUUGGUUAAAUCAACAAAGGAUGUGCGGACGGAAGGAUGGACGGACGGAAGGAUGGACGGACGGACGGACGCUUGCACCGUUUUCCGUUUUUUUCCUCUGUGCAUUUCGAGACUCAGUCCAGCUCUCAGUCUGUUCGAAGUCUUACAAAAUAAAAUAUUUUUGUUUUCUAAGUUACUGUUUUUAUUUUAUUUAUUUUUAUUUUUUUAACUGUGAUUAUUGUAUUAUUCGUACUAUUAUAGAGAGAGAGAGACAAAAGGCAAAACUGUUGUUCUACAUUGGUGGGUCCUGGAGGAAACUUGUACACCAAUUACAUUACAUCAGCCUUUUAUAUUUUAUAUGAUUUACUUUACCCUUGGGUGUUUGACCAGCACAUAUGGCACAUACUGUGCUUUAGUCACCUGACCUCAGUUUUUAAAAAGCUUUUUAUCUAUUUACCAGUAACAGGGCAGUGUUCAUUGGGCCCGAAAUGGAAGAAAACUGAUCAACAGGGAGGGACUACCUGGACCUGUCCAAUAAGAAAUACACAUUUCCAUUCUCCAUUGCAAAUGGUUUUGAAAAUAUUUUCCAUUUUGUGCCAUAAUGAACACAAUCCCGGUGUAUGAAAUCACUGUAAUUUGGGGAUCAUUCACAAAACGUACCCACAACUGUAAAUUCACCACCUAUGUUUUCCCAAAAUAGAUGAAAUGAUCCCUUGGCUGUCCCUACGAAACCCAGAGGAACUAUACAGUAGAGUCUAUAUCUGAGGUGUCAAACGAGGUCCGGAGGACCGCACUGAAAAUUGGUUAAAUUUCCUUGCUGUCAAAAUUUGCUAAAAAAAAGGGUCUAUCCAUCGUUUUGGGAAUUUGAUGCUCACUGACUGUCUAGCUUUCAUUUUAGGUGAUUAUUAGCGAGUUGGACACAGUCAAGAAACUGUAUG